GGGCAUCACACGUGACCCAGUCUGUUGAUAGGACAAAACACGGCAGUUGAUCAGGAAAAAAAAAAAAAAAAAAAAAGACAGGGGACAUGGACCAUCGGGUGGACAGAGUGGGCCUGCUGUCUCCUCUGGAGGAGUCCAGCGCGGAGAUCAGCAGGGACAGCGGCAUCGUGUCUCAGAGCGCCAGCAGUCUGUCCAUGGUGAGCGACCUCUCCAGCAGCGGCACCGUGUCCCAGAGCCCCAGCUUCGGAGCAGCAGCCGCCGCGGCUAAUGUUGUUUCCCGGAGCCCGAGCCUGAACCAGGCAGCGGCAGAGGCCGGGACAUCCGACCAGCAGGACGACGAGGUCCUGAGACAAACCGCGCUUCAGUACUCGUCCUACAUCAGAGCCACGGCUGGAGAAGAGAUCCUGUGCUUGGAGAAAAGCUUGGAGGAAAUGCUGACAAGAGUUGAUGAGUUUGUGGGGAUGCUUGAUAUGAUCCGUAAUGAUACUUCCCAAAUUGUGAAUGAAAAUCUGCUAAAAAUACAACACAAGUCUGAUGAAAUGAGACAAAUAUACAGAAGAAUUGAUAAAUUGGAGGCCUUUGUGAAGAUGGUCGGGGCAAACGUCAGUGCAAUGGAGGAGCAGGUCACGCAGGCAGAGACAGAACUGGGAACACUACCGAGUGCUUUCAAGAAGAUCCUCCGCACGAUCACUGUCCCAGGAUUCUUAAAUAAACAGGCCAGCCCACGAAGAUCAGCCCCACAUGAGCGCCAAGAGGUCCCCAGUGUGUUCCAGACAGAUGACUUUUUCUCAUCACAGCCAUAACAGUGACAGAACUGUUAAAUCAAAGCCUGGUUCUAACCUCAGAGGCCUGUUUAGUAAAACUGUACUGACAACUGCCAUCCCUCAGAGGAGGAUCUAUCGGUGCAAGCAGCCUCAAGAAGCAAUAGUAGCUUUUCCUAAACAAUUCACUGGAAGUCAAAUGAAAAUUUACCACAGUUUUAUGUCAUUCUCUUUGAGGCAACAAUGAGCACUGAACUGUAGCAACAUGUUUAAAAGUGCCUACGGGGGUCUUAUGUAAUUCAAGUUUGUGGAGAGAAAACUGUAAGACGGUUAAACUUUGACAAGUCAGGAGGAGAAAAGUUACUCUGCUUGUUUAUAAGGCCCAGUAAAGAUGGUACAUUAGAUGUAACAGAUGAAAAGUGAUCCCAGCCUCUUUUGCUACAGAAAUAAAUUCCUGUAACUGGGGUUUGUACAGAUCUGCACGUUGAACUAAUUUAUAAUUCUGUAUAAUUAAUUCCUUUUCCCCCUGCAAUAUUGCUAAUACCCAAUUAAGCAUGGAAGCUGUCUUCCAUUUCAGAAUAUUCACUUCUUAUCUAGCCUUAUCUUACUGGCUGUGGAUGACAGUUGCUUCACUGACAUGGGGCUACAUCUUUAAUAGCAUCUUUUUUUUAUAGAACGAAACACAGGUGCGAAGGACUAGUAGUUUUAGUUUGUCGUGCCACACUCGUAACUAAAAGCUUUGCUCAACUAACUGUGAUUUAUCACAACACAAAAACUUUGAUUUCAUGUCAGCAUGGUGUGAUGUGGCCCUAACCCUGCAAGCAAGGUGGUAGGUGUUACAGCCAUUAUUUAUAUAGUGGUUUGUUUUUUUUUUGCCAAAGUUGUUGAUACAGAUCUCCUUUUUACAUGUUAACUUUGGUUUACAUUUUUUAAAUAACCAAUAAAAUUUAUUUAAAUCGAA